CACAUUUGUCUUCAUUUACUUAACAAGGUAAAAGCUUUUCUAUUGUGACCUUGUUACUGUUUUUUCCUGGUUAAUGUUUUCUUUUCUUUUUCUCUCGUAGUUUAAUUUAAUUUAUUUCUAUUUAAUUUAGUUAUUCUCCGUUUCCAUCUAUUUAUCCACCAUGAAUCGGUGUCUGUUUAGUGUUUUAUCUAAAAACUACCAGCGUCUCAAUUCUAGAAGGUUAAACUCGGUUGCCCAAGAACCCUUUCUAAAUGGAUCAUCUUCUGUUUAUGUGGAAGAAAUGUUUAAAGCCUGGAAGGCUGACCCGGCUUCCGUUCAUCCUUCAUGGAAUAUUUUUUUUAAGAGUGUAAGUGCUGGAUUACAACCUGGUCAAGCCUAUUCUAGCCCGACAGCUGCUUUCAAUUCAGCUGCUGCUUUAAGAGCACUUGGUAGUACUGGCGGUGGUUCCUUUGCUUCUUCCCAAACUGUUUCUACUGCUGAUCCAUCAAUUGAUGAUCAUCUUUCGGUUCAAGCUAUUAUUCGAUCUUAUCAAGUUCGAGGUCAUCUAGCAGCUAGACUUGAUCCAUUGGAAAUUACCUCUGCUAAUAUUUAUUUACAAACAUCUGAAGGUGCACCCAGUUCACCGGAAACUGUUCUGAGACACCAUAAGUUGGAUGAACGGGACAUGGAUCGAGAAUUUAAGUUACCUAAAAACACUUAUAUUGGUGGUGAAGAUCAAGUUUUAACUUUAAGGGAGAUCAUCAGCCGGUUAGAAAAUGUUUAUUGUAAUCAUAUUGGUGUUGAAUAUAUGUUUAUCAAUAAUACUGAACAGUGUAAUUGGCUUAGAAGUAAAUUUGAAACUCCUAAUAUUAUGGAUCUGAACCGAGAACAGAAACGACUUUUAUUGGCCAGAUUAACUCGAUCAACCAAAUUUGAAGAGUUUCUUGCCAAAAAGUGGGUCUCAGAAAAACGUUUCGGUCUCGAAGGUAUUGAAGUUUUAAUUCCAGCCAUGAAAACGAUCAUUGAUAGAUCAAGUGAAUUAGGUUGUGAAAGUUUCAUCAUGGGAAUGCCCCAUCGAGGCCGAUUGAAUGUUUUAGCCAACGUUUGCCGUAAACCAUUAGAGCAAAUCUUUGCCCAAUUCAGCGCCCUUGAGCCGGAUGAUGAGGGUUCCGGUGAUGUUAAAUACCAUUUGGGUAUGUGUCACGAAAGACUCAAUCGAAUGACUAACAAAAUGAUAAAAUUGGCUGUUGUUGCCAAUCCAUCUCAUUUGGAAGCUUCUGAUCCAAUUGUUCAAGGUAAAUGUCGUGCUGAACAGUUUUACCGUUCCGAUAGCCAGGGAAAGAAAGUCAUGUCAAUCUUAUUACAUGGUGACGCUGCUUUUGCCGGCCAAGGUGUUGUUUAUGAAACUUUUCACCUUUCCGAUCUUGCUGAUUAUUCAACACAUGGUACCAUCCAUAUUGUUGUUAACAAUCAAAUUGGUUUCACUACUGAUCCUCGGGUUGCCCGAUCUUCACCUUAUUGUACUGAUGUUGCCCGUGUCGUCAAUGCUCCCAUCUUCCAUGUUAAUGCUGACGAUCCUGAAGCAGUUGUCCAUGUUUGCAAUGUUGCCGCUGAAUGGAGAGACAAGUUUGGUAAAGAUGUUAUUAUUGAUAUUGUCGGUUACCGACGAAACGGUCACAAUGAGGUUGAUGAGCCGAUGUUCACCCAACCAUUGAUGUACACCAGAAUCAGGAAACAAGUACCUGUUCUUGAUCUUUACAGUAAGAAGCUUGUUGAUGAAAGUGUUUGCACUGUCGAUGAAAUUGAAGAGGUUAAAAACAAGUAUGAAAAGAUUUUACAAGAAUCUUUCAAAAAUUGUGAUUCAAUGAGUAAAAUUCACAAUAAAGAUUGGCUUGAUUCACCUUGGCAUGGAUUCUUUGGAACCCGUCAUCCAUACAAAUCUGAUCCAACCGGUGUCUCGGAGGAUGUUUUAACUCACAUUGGUACCGCUUUUGGAUCUGAACCUCCCGGAAAUUUCAAGAUUCAUCCGGCUAUGAAAAGAAUCCUUAAAUCUCGUCUUGAAAUGGUCUCAAAACGAGAAGCCGAUUGGGCUUUAGGUGAAGCAAUGGCUUUUGGAUCUCUCCUUAAAGAAGGAAUUCAUGUUCGUCUUAGUGGACAAGAUGUUGAAAGAGGUACUUUCUCUCAUCGUCACCAUGUUCUUCACCAUCAAACCGUUGAUAAGACAACAUACAGACCACUUUGCCACCUCUACCCCGAUCAAGCGCCUUAUACUGUUUGUAAUAGUUCCCUCUCCGAAUAUGGUGUCCUUGGUUUUGAACUUGGCUUUUCAAUGACCAACCCCAAUGCAUUAGUUAUCUGGGAAGCUCAAUUUGGUGAUUUCAAUAAUACAGCUCAAUGUAUUAUUGAUCAGUUUAUUAGCAGUGGACAAGUUAAAUGGGUUCGACAAAGCGGACUUGUGCUUCUUUUACCUCACGGUAUGGAAGGAAUGGGUCCUGAGCAUUCAUCAGCUCGCCCUGAAAGAUUCCUCCAAUUAUGUAACUCAGAUGGUAAUAUCUAUCCUGCCGAUGAAUAUAUAAAUGAUGUUGAUUUUGUUAAUCGUCAAUUACAUGAUGUUAACAUGAUUGUUGUUAAUUGCAGUACACCAGCAAACAUUUUCCACGCCUUACGACGACAAGUUGCUCUUCCUUUCCGUAAACCUCUAAUUGUUUUCUCACCAAAAUCUUUAUUAAGACAUCCCGAUGCUCGAUCAAGUUUCGAUGAAAUGAAUGAAGGAACUGAGUUCCAACGAAUUAUCCCUGAAUCGGGUUCUGCUUCUGAAAAUGCUGAAAAUACCAAAGCUCUUGUUUUCUGUACCGGUAAAGUUUAUUACGAAUUGAUAAAGGAAAGAACUGCUCGUGGAUUAGACAAAGAUGUUGCAAUAACCCGAGUUGAACAAUUAUGUCCCUUCCCUUGGGAUUUGAUUACUGAAGAGAUAAGUAAAUAUCCAAAUGCCCAACUCAUUUGGUCUCAAGAAGAACAUAAAAACCAAGGUUUCUGGCCUCAUAUGGAACCACAUAUGCAUUCAGUUCUCAAGCAUCUUGAUCAACAGAAUAGAGAAUUAAAAUACGCCGGGAGACCAGUAUCUGCUACAACAGCUACUGGAAACAAAUUUAUCCAUAAAAAGGAAUACAAGGCUCACAUGGAACAAACAUUCUCAGGAUAUUAGAAUGAAAAAACAACCCACCGCUAUUUAAACUCAUUUGAUCAGUUAAUGGAUUUUGUUAAAAAAGCAAACACCCAGAACGACCGUUCCAAGAAAAGCUGCAAACCUCAUCCUGUGAUAUAAGAUUGACAAAAGAUUAUCUUAUCGGUUACCUAUUUCUGAUUCUCUCAGCCAGAUUAUGAAGCAAAGUCAACUCAUAAAAGAAAAACAGAAAAAGAAAGAAAAGAAACGAGAAAUCAACAAUCACACUACUAAUCAAAAAAAAAAUAAGAUGAUAGAAAGCAAUUGUUUAUGUUUAUGUUUUUCUUUCUUUAGCUCAGUUUAUCAUUUACAGUUGGUUUAAAAGAUUAACUUCCGUAUCAACUCAAUCCUUUAAGCAAGGAGAUAAUUAAUAUUUUAUUUUGAAUCAAAGAUAUUUAUGAUUAGAAGAUUGUUUUUAGAUGAAAAUUGUUGAUUCAUCAUCAUCAUCCAUCAUCACCAUCAUUCUCAUCGCUAUUAUAUUGUUUUCCCUUCUCACUCUCUUUGUUCUAGGUAAUCAAUGGAUAGAUUAUACAAGCAUUGAUCAGAUCACCUUGUUGCUUAAUUGUGUUUUAAUUUUAUCGCCGCGUAUUUAACUAAUACGCAUCUCAAAGCUCUAAAUCUCAUAUUUUCUAUCUCAUUCUUUAACAAUUAACAUUCUCAAUUCUAUCUUCCUCCUAAUUCUUAACAAACAACAAACCAUCUCAACUUUUCGUCAAAUGAUUAACAAAAACGAGUAAACCAAAAAUUAAUUUUUAGGUUGUAUUAUAUUUAUUAUUCUAGAUAAUUUAUCUUCAAUUAAAUGCAGAACUUUAAAUGUUUCAA